AUGGCCGACUCGAACACAGCCGAGUCGUCGACGGCUGCACAGCCUAAAGUGCAGAUCGUAGGCGAGCUUCCUCCUGCACCUACACUUUCAUCCAAAGACCGAUGCGCGAAUGGAGAUGAUUCCGACUCGGAAGACGACGCAGGCGUCCACGGCAUCGACGCCGAUGACAUCGACGACCCGCAGACCGAGGACGAAGCAGGACCAUCCAGUGCAGCUGACCAGCCGGAAGAGGCCAACAACGGCAUCACGCGCGGCAUCGUCCAGUAUGGAUCGGUCCGAGUCGACAACAGCGGUGCACCACCCAACGGCGUCGCCGCACCCGUCGAGGAAGAAAUCCCCGAUGACUCUGAGCUCCUCUUCCACUACCCCGACACGGAGGAGGUGCUCGAUUUGGGACACCUUCGCCUGACGACCACAAAACGUCUCGGGCUGCAACGUUUCGCACCUUCGUUGAAACGUCUCUGUCUUCGUCAGAACCUGCUCACCAGAAUUCGAUCCAAGGACAUCGGCGUCCUCACACAGCUCGAAGAUCUCGAUCUGUACGACAACAGCAUCGAAAAGAUCUCGGGUCUAGACGAUCUGAACAAAUUGGAAUCGCUCGAUCUUUCGUUCAACAACAUCCACCAUAUUUCCAACGUUUCACAUCUGGGUCAGUGUAGGACGAUCUACUUUGUUCAGAACAAGAUCUCCAGAGUUCGACCGGACGAUCUCAAGGGUCCCAUCGCCGAGUCGCUGGAGAGUCUGGAGCUGGGUGGGAACAGGUUGCGCUCGAUCGAGAACAUCGGACACCUGACGAAUCUGACACAGCUCUGGUUGGGUAAGAACAAGAUCACCUCGCUUCAGGGAUUGGAGACGCUGAUAAACCUGAAGGUGCUCUCUAUUCAGUCGAAUCGAAUCACGAAGCUGGAGGGGCUCGAAGAGCUGGUGAACCUCGAAGAGCUGUACAUCUCACACAACGGGUUGACAAAGUUGGAAGGGUUGGACAAGAACGUCAAGUUGACAACGCUGGAUGUGGGGGCCAACAUGAUUGGCAAGGUGGAGAAUGUGGGGCACUUGGCCAAGUUGGAGGAGUUUUGGGCGAACGAUAACAAGAUCGAGGAUCUCAACGGGUUGGAUAGGGAGUUGGGGGUGGAGAGGAUGCCGGCGUUGGAGACGGUUUACUUGGAGGGCAAUCCGGGCAUGCGGAAGGAAGGUGCGGCUUACAGGCGCAAGGUGAAGUUGUUGUUGCCGCAGCUCAAGCAGAUCGAUGCGACUUUCAUCAGGUAA